UUCUCUCUCUUGUCCCCACAGGAAAGUUCUUACUUGUACUGCACUGGGCUGGCUCAAAGUGUAACCUUUUGUGUCUCUGCAUUGAUUAAAUCCAGUGAUAUUUUGCUCACAAAUGUCAAUGAAGAGCUAAGAAGUUGCAAUCCUAGUAUUCCAGUCCUUGAAAUUUUCAAGAAAUGAACAGGUUUUGGAGAGUGUGAAGAAGUAUUGGGGCAUUUGAUUUUGCCACCACCUAACCCUGUGUCUACAUCUUCAUUCUCCACCAACACAACCGCCUCCUCAUUACUGGGGUGGUACUAUUUGUGGCUCUCAUUUCUUAAACCCACACACAUGUUUCAGGCUCACUACAUUGAACAAAUCCAUAAUGUCUUUAUUUCAUGUUUUUCUUCCUGUCUGUAAUGGUGGGUUGACAGUCCAAGAAUGAUUCUUGGGAUUUGAUCUUUUGCUGUUGUUCUCUUUCUUCUCCUGGGGGAGAUAUGGUGGCACAUCACAGAUUCAUGAUGCUGAAGUUUUGUUUGGUUCUCCUCAGUGUCUUCUCAGUCCAAGAAUCUGCAGCAGGCUUUUAUUUGCUUUCUUGGAAAGUGGAUUCAGUACUUCACCACUUCAAAGAAGCGAUAAAUGAACUUGGUUAUCAUGUGACGGGAGGAGCACGCCUAGUACUUCUGCAAGAUGUACCAGCAUCGCCUCCUACACCGAUUUCUGCAAGCAGAGGUGGGAAGAGACAUUCAAAGCAUGCCCCGGCACCCCAACAAAGGCAAAACCGCCAUGCUUUUCCUCCAAUUGAAGGGCCCAGUGCACAUUCUAAACCAGCUUACGUGCGCCAUGGAAAGAAUCAGAUGGAUGAUUCUGGAACUUUUCCUCCAGUUUCAUCCCAUGGAAGCCAUCAAGCGAGAAACAAAUUGAACAGCCAUGCUCCUGAGCCAAGCUGGCAAGAGAAUUGGCCUUCGAUCUCCCCGUUUCAAUCUCCUUCAUCAGUGGAUUGGGGUUCAGCAGCACCACUGUCGUCAGCAACAGUUCCAUCAAGCCAUUUCACAGUGCCUGCACCACAACCAGCUACUUCUCCAACUAGUCCUUUGACAGUGAACAAGAUAACUCCACCGCCAUUCCCAGUUUUGGCAUUACCACCUCCACCUCCUAAUCAAGAUUGUGCGUCAUUGAAGUGUACGGAGCCUCUAACAUACAUGCCUCCCGGAUCCCCUUGUGGUUGUGUUUUGCCUAUUAAAGUUGCGCUCCGCUUUAGUAUUACCCUAUAUGCAUUUUUUCCAUUGGUCCCCGAGCUUUCUAAGGAAAUUGCUUCCAGCAUUUCAUUAAAUCAAAGUCAAGUACGCAUUUUGGGAGCAAACACUGUCAAUCAGCAGCUUGAGAAAACCAUUGUACUCGUAAACUUGGUACCUGCAGAUGAAAAAUUCAGUGCUUCUGCUGCAUUUGCGAUCUAUGAUAAGUUCUGGAAGAGGGAGGUUUCCUUGGAGAACUCUAAAUUUGGUUCCUAUGAGGUGGCUUAUGUUCACUAUCCAGGGUUGCCACCAUCUCCUCCUGCGUUGCCCUCAUCUGGUGUUUCUGUUGAUGACCUCCCUUACCCUACCAACAACAAUAAUGGAAGGACAAUAAAACCUUUAGGAGUAGAUGUACCAAGGAUCAGAAAGAAUGGCAUCGGGAAAAAUAUGAUCAUUGUGAUUGUUCUGUCGUCUGUGACAGCUUUUGUUGUAUGUAUAGGAGUUAUUUGGAUUUUGUGGCUAAAAUUUGGGUGCUGCACUUAUCGGCCUGUGCAAACCCCGCAUGUUUUGAUAUCUUCUCAGGGGAAAACAUCAGGUGCUGCUGGAUCUAUGGUGUUUGGAAGUAAGACUGGCUCAAGAUCAAUCUCCUUCAGUUCUAGCCUUCGAGCCUAUGCAGGAACUGCCAAGAUUUUCAGCACGAGUGACCUAGAGAGAGCCACUGACAAUUUCAAAGCCUCGAGGAUCCUUGGGGAAGGCGGUUUUGGGCUUGUGUAUAGUGGCGUCCUUGAUGAUGGAAGGAAGGUUGCAGUGAAGAUUUUAAAGAGAGACGAUCGGCAGGGCAGCCGUGAGUUCAUGGCAGAAGUCGAGAUGCUAAGUCGGCUACAUCAUAGAAAUUUGGUGAAAUUGAUAGGCCUCUGCCCAGAGGAACAUUGCCAUUGCCUUGUCUAUGAACUUGUUCCUAAUGGGAGCGUCGAGUCCCAUUUACAUGGAGUCGAUAAGGAUAAGGAGACUUCUCCACUUGAUUGGUAUGCUAGAAUGAAGAUUGCAUUGGGUGCAGCUCGAGGAUUGGCCUAUUUGCACGAGGAUUCAAGCCCCCGUGUAAUACAUAGAGACUUCAAGGCAAGCAAUAUCUUGCUGGAGCACGAUUUUACCCCGAAGGUUUCAGAUUUUGGAUUGGCUAGAGCAGCACUGGAUGAGGGAAACCGACAUAUCUCAACACAUGUUAUGGGAACUUUUGGGUAUGUUGCUCCUGAAUAUGCAAUGACGGGUCAUCUCCUCGUCAAGAGUGAUGUCUAUAGCUACGGUGUUGUUCUUCUCGAGCUUUUGACUGGGCGAAAGCCAGUGGAUUUAUCACAACCGCCAGGUCAAGAAAAUCUGGUUGCCUGGGCUCGUCCUCUCCUCACAACCAUGGAAGGUUUAGAAAUGCUGAUUGACCCGACUAUAAGUUCAGAUAUCCCAUUCGAUAGCUUUAUCAAAUUUGCAGCAAUUGCAUCCAUGUGUGUUCAACCAGAAGUAUCUCACCGCCCAUUUAUGGGCGAAGUUGUUCAAGCACUGAAGCUGAUUUGCAACGAGUUUGACGAGACAAGAGAGCCCGUGUCGAGAAGUUGCAGCCACGAGGACUUCUCGGGUUAUAUAGGCAGUAAGCAUGGUAGACAGUCACACGAUUUUGUGGAAGCUUCACAGUUUUAUGAUCCCACUUUCACUGCUAAGGUAUCGUUAUCAGCAUCAGAUUUAAAGAGUGCAUCAACUAGACUUGAAUUAUCGGAAUCUGAGUCUUUUAGGAGGCAAUUUAACUCUGCCCCUUUGAGAAUGGGAAGAAAAAGGAAUUUCUGGCAACGGUUGAGAAGUCUGUCUAGCGGGAGCAUGAGUGAGCAUAGUUUUUCAUCAGUACUAUGAUGAAACUUGACUUCUAUUCUGCCUAUGAUGUUUUCUUACAUAUAUGAACUGUAGACAUUAGACAAGUUGUGUUCUUGCCAGGUCAAACCGUUAUUUCAUGACUUCUGUUCUGGCUAUGAUGUUUUCUUCAUAGCUUUAGAUAAGUUGUGUUCUUGAAUUUUUUUUUACCUGGCUUUGUUCUAGAUAUUGUAAACAGUCAAAAUAAAUGAAAGUUUGGAACUUUUUCUGCAUGC